AUGAUAACAUUCAAGAUAUCAUUAUUGUUGUUGUUAUUUUCUUUUUCAUCAUUUACAUUAGGACAAGUUAAUCCAAAUUCACAAGUAUCAUCAAAGAUUUAUAAUAUACCAAACUAUGUAUACCCAUGUACUCGUAUGUUGACUAAUAAUGGUGUAGCUGGUUGUACUAGUAAAGCAGGUGGGAAUGAUGGUGCAAUCUUUCUCAUUGAUAGUGAUGCAUCACUAGACAACUUGAUAUCAGGUCCUAGUCAACCCGAUAAAAUCAUCUUGGCUCUUGACCCUGAUUAUUUUAACAAGAGUAUAAUUGAAAAAGUAAAUUCAAAAUCAUUUGAAGGUAUAUUGGUGUUGACAGAUAAACCACAAUCAUAUGCCUAUUCUCCCGAUAUUGCCUAUCCAAACAAAGCAUUUGGUCUUUAUCCAAAUUCAAAUUUUACUUGGAAUACUCUUGGUGAUGGUCUAUCUGAAUUAUCAUUUAAUUAUCCAAUCUUUGCAAUUGAUACAAAUACAAGUAUUGAAAUUCGUCAAUAUGGAGAAUCAAAUAGAAAUGGAUUAUAUCCAAAACAUGGUGCACAAUUAAUAUCAUUUAUGCAAGCAAUUAUGACAUCUGAAAGUUGUUUACAUAGAGGAUUUUGUGCACCAAUGGGAGGUUUAAGUUCAUGGGCAACGUUUUCACCAAGUAUUACAUCGGCACAACCCAUUUUAAUGGUGAUUGUACCAAUGGAUACUACAGCCUUUUUCCAUGAUAUGGCAAUUGGUGCUCAAUCCAAUACCUAUGCUUCUGUCGUUUUGACUUCAAUCAUGAGAUCAUUGUCAAUGGUUGAUCAAUCAACAUGGAAUAUGCAAGUGGUAUUUGCAGUAUUCAACGGAGAACGUUGGGGUUAUUUGGGUAGUACCAAAUUUGUCAAUGACAUUGUCAAUUUCAAGUGUUCAGAGUACUAUGACGAUACCAAUACUACUUGUUCAUCACCAUUCAAUUCGGAUCUUGCUUUUAUGAAUAUUUCAUUGUCAAAUAUUCAAGCAAUCCUAGAAUUGAAUCAAAUUGGUAAUCCACUCACAACCAAUGCCAAACAACAACUAUUAUUUGCAAUCAAUCAAGUCAAUCCAAAUUCACCUCAAUCAACUAUUCGUUCCAAUAUAAUGAGUGUUAGUGAUAGAUUGAAUCUAUCGGUUGGUUGCCAGGUUGCUACUGACGUACCAGAAUUACCUCCAUCCUCUUCAAUGUCAUUCCUCAAAGUAUCACCAAACAUUGAUCAUGCAGUCAUUACUGAUCAUUUUGGUGCCUACACUAAUAAUUUUUAUAAUAGUCAUCAAGAUACCUCUAGUAAUGUUAAUCAACAAAUCCUUCAAGAUACAAUCACCCUCUUUGCUACUGUCAUUGAUCAAAUGGCUGGUGGUAAAAAUAAUAUCACCGUUGAUACUACUUUUAUGAAUGAUAUCUUUUCUUGUCUAACUCAAUCAUUUUCUUGUGAUUAUGUUGAAAGAUUAUUACCUGUUUAUCCAUAUGAUACAUAUCCAUCAUUUUAUUCAUCAGUUUAUGGUACAGCACCAACAGCUCAAUUAUUAACUAUACAAGCACAAUUUUUCCAUAAUUUGUUUAUCAAUUUAACAAAUUCAGUGGUUGGAGAUGUUUGUUCAAAUUCAAAGAGUUGUCCAUCAUCUGAUUAUUCAUGUAUUGGAUCAAGAUGUAGAAUUUCAAAUACUCAUUAUCAUGAAGCCGUUUCUUUGGCAUUUACAUUUGAUGGUUCAACUGGUAAUUUCAGAGUUACAAACACUACCUAUCCAACCUAUACAGAAUCCAAUUGGGAUUACACCCAAGUUAAAUUCUUUUUGGUAGACAGUAAGAAAAGUGAAAUCAUUUUCCUCAUUGUUGGUAUCAUUGAAUUUUUAUCAACUGUUGCCAUUUUAAUAUUUUCAAGAAAUUAUUUAUCAAAAAGAUAUAAAUUAUUAUAA